AUGGUAGCGGGAACGAUUCACGUCCUCUCAAUGAAUGACGACAACCAGUCGAUCCGCGAGCAAGGACAGGAGUAUUACAAUUCUGCGCUGGACUUUCUAAAUGAUCUCUCUUGCUACUGGAAGCACGCAGCUUUAAUGGCAAAUCGGCUGGAGCGAUUUCGGCAACAAUGCGAGAACCGCCGAACAGACAUGAACCCAUGUGCCGAAAAAUCCGGGCACUCGCCUGGCGAUGUCAAAGCACUGUGGCAGAGUGUCGACUAUGCGCUACUAUCGGCUCCGACCCGACCCGGAAGUCCCACCAACGGCCAAGCACCGGGCGGGAUGGACUUGUUCACACCGCAAAGCAAGCUCUUUGACUUUGCUGAUUUUGAUACGUUUGCUGAAGGACUUGGCAUCUUUAGCAAUCUGCCGGUUUUGGAAAACAAGAAUCUCUUUCCAGACCUGGAAACCUCUGUUCAGGGAGACUCCCUUGAAUAG